AUGGAAACCUCAAACAUAACCAGUCACACAAAUCUUCUAUCGAAGAUAGACGUAGAAAAGCAAAACCCUACUCACAUUGUCCCAACAUUCUCUGAGCUUAAGACAGAAGCAAAGUCUCUCUUCUCCUUAGCCUUCCCCACGAUCCUCGCCGCGCUCAUCCUCUAUGCUCGCUCAGCCAUCUCAAUGCUCUUCCUCGGUUAUAUCGGCGAACUAGAGCUCGCUGGUGGCUCCUUGGCCAUUGCCUUUGCCAACAUUACUGGAUACUCAGUUCUUGCAGGCCUUGCACUCGGCAUGGACCCACUUUGCUCCCAAGCCUUUGGAGCCGGCAAGCCAACACUCCUCUCAUUAACUCUUCAAAGAACCGUGCUCUUCUUGCUCACCAGCUCGCUUGUAAUUGUCGCUCUAUGGCUCAACCUGGGGAACAUCAUGAUCUCUCUCCAUCAAGAUCCAAGUAUUGCAUCGUUGGCUCAAACAUAUAUCCUCUUCUCUAUUCCGGACUUGCUUACCAACUCUAUUCUUAACCCUCUUCGUAUAUACCUUCGAGCACAAGGCAUCACAAGUCCACUAACUAUCGCUACACUAGCCGGCACCAUCUUCCACAUACCGAUGAACUUUCUCCUAGUUUCUUACCUUGGAUUGGGUUUCAUCGGUGUUUCAAUGGCUGCAGCCGCUUCAAAUCUUUUUGUUGUCGCCUUCCUUGUGGCCUACGUUUGGGUCAAAGGUCUACACGAGCCAACGUGGACCCGCCCUAGCUCAGAAUGUUUCAAAGACUGGGGCCCACUGGUUAAUUUGGCAAUACCGAGUUGCGUGGGAGUAUGUCUAGAGUGGUGGUGGUACGAGAUCAUGACCGUUCUUUGUGGUUUACUCAUUAACCCUCAGACUCCAGUUGCAGCUAUGGGCAUUCUUAUUCAAACGACGUCGUUGCUUUACAUUUUUCCAUCGUCUCUAGGGUUUGCAGUUUCCACCCGCGUAGGUAACGAACUUGGAUCAAACCGACCAAACACGGCUAGGUUAUCAGCCAUUGUGGCCGUUACCUUUGCUGGAGUAAUGGGCAUGACGGCCUCUGCGUUUGCUUGGGGUGUAAGCGACGUCUGGGGACGUAUUUUCACUAACGAUUUUGAUAUCAUCCGGCUAACCGCGGCUGCGCUGCCGAUUCUUGGGCUCUGCGAGCUCGGGAACUGCCCGCAAACAGUAGGUUGCGGGGUUGUUAGAGGGACUGCUUGGCCGUCUAAAGCUGCCAACAUAAACCUAGGUGCGUUUUACCUUGUCGGAACGCCUGUAGCUGUUGGGCUAACGUUUUGGGCCGGGUAUGGAUUUUGCGGGCUUUGGAUAGGUCUUUUCGCGGCGCAGAUAUGUUGUGCUGCUAUGAUGCUUUAUGUCGUGGCCACUACAGAUUGGGAGGGAGAAGCGAUGAGAGCUAGAAAGCUUACGUGCAGUGAAAGCGUCGAUGUGGUGAUUACAACGCAAAGUAACGGUGAUUUAACGGAACCACUAGUUUACGUUGUCACUGUUGCUGCUGACCACUAA